UCCUCCGCUUCCCCCCUCCCCUUCUCAGCCACUCUAUUCCUCCACACGAUCACAGGGAUGGCAUCAUUCGUUUUCAAGCGAGGUGAGCACAGACGCAAGGAGCGUGUCCAGUUUGACAAGAUCACGGCAAGGAUAGCCAAGCUAUGCUACGGUCUUGACAAGGAUCACGUCGAUCCUGUCGGCAUUACGCAGAAGGUUAUCGCGGGUGUGUACCCCGGAGUGACAACCGUGGAGCUCGAUAACCUGGCAGCGGAGACUGCUGCAUACCUCACGACAAAGCACCCCGACUACGCUAUUCUCGCUGCCCGUAUCGCUGUAUCAAAUCUUCACAAGGAGACCAAGAAGAGUUUCUCGGCAGUCAUCAGUGACUUGUACAACUAUGUAAACCCGAAGAACGGCCGGGCCGCAGGCAUGAUCUCUAAGGAGAUUUACGAGAUUGUUCAGAAGAACGCCGAAGUCCUUGAUUCCGCCAUCAUCUAUGAUCGGGAUUUCAGCUACAACUUCUUCGGUUUCAAAACCCUCGAGCGUUCAUACCUCCUCAAGAUCAAUGGACGCGUGGCUGAGCGACCACAGCACCUGAUCAUGCGUGUGGCUGUCGGCAUUCAUGGUGCUGACAUCGACCGCGCCAUCGAGACCUACCACUUGAUGUCUGAGCGGUACUUCACCCAUGCUUCGCCGACUUUGUUCAACGCCGGUACCCCCAACCCCCAACUGAGCUCAUGCUUCCUGGUGUCGAUGAAGGAUGAUUCCAUUGAGGGCAUCUACUCGACGCUCAAGGACUGUGCGAACAUCAGCAAGACCGCUGGUGGAAUCGGUAUCAACAUUCACAACAUCCGGGCCACGGGUUCUUACAUUGCUGGUACCAACGGCUACUCGAACGGGAUUGUCCCUAUGCUCCGUGUAUACGACGCGACGGCUCGUUACGUCGAUCAGGGAGGUAACAAGCGGCCCGGGGCAUUCGCCAUCUACCUUGAGCCCUGGCACGCCGAUGUGUUCGAGUUCAUUGAUCUCCGCAAAAACCACGGCAAGGAGGAAGUCCGUGCUCGCGAUCUGUUCUAUGCGCUCUGGAUACCCGAUCUUUUCAUGAAGCGCGUUGAGAGCGGUGGCAAGUGGUCGUUGUUCUGCCCGAGUGAGGCUCCGGGCCUGCACGAGGUAUGGGGAGAGGAGUUCGAGAGGCUAUACGAGCAAUACGAGCGUGAGGGUCGCGCAAAGAAGACCAUCGAAGCUCAGAAGCUCUGGUACGCAAUCCUGGAGGCCCAGAUCGAGACUGGCGGUCCCUUCAUGCUCUACAAGGACGCUUGCAACGCCAAGUCGAACCAGCAGAACCUCGGUACCAUCAAGUCAUCUAACCUCUGCACGGAGAUCGUGGAGUACUCGUCUCCAGAUGAGACUGCCGUUUGCAACUUGGCUUCCAUCGCUCUCCCUUCGUUCAUCGAGAACGGCAAGUACAACUUCCAGAAGUUGCACGACGUAACGAAGGUUGUCGCUUUCAACUUGAACCGCAUCAUCGACGUCAACCACUAUCCUAUCCCCGAGGCCCAGCGUUCCAACAUGCGCCACCGUCCCAUCGGUGUUGGUGUGCAAGGGUUGGCAGACGCUUUCAUGGCGCUUCGGAUGCCCUUCGACGGCGUUGAGGCGCGCAAGCUCAACCAGCAGAUCUUCGAGACCAUCUACCAUGCAGCCGUCGAGGCCAGCUGCGAGAUGGCGCAGCAAUUCGGGACCUAUGAGACGUACCAGGGCAGCCCCGCGUCCGAGGGCAAGCUCCAGUACGACCUCUGGGGGAUCACUCCUACGGACCUCUGGGAUUGGACGAGCCUUAAGGCGAAGGUUGCGCAGCACGGUCUCCGGAAUUCGCUGCUUGUCGCUCCGAUGCCCACCGCUUCGACGAGUCAGAUCUUGGGCAACAAUGAGUGCUUCGAGCCUUACACGAGCAACAUCUACACGCGUCGUGUACUCGCGGGAGAGUUCCAGGUCGUAUGCCCGUGGCUUCUCCGCGAGCUGGUCGAGCUUGGCCUCUGGAACGACGACAUGAAGAACAUGAUCAUCGCAAACAACGGCUCCAUCCAAACCAUCGACAUCAUCCCCGACGACGUCAAGGCCAUCUACAAGACCGUUUGGGAGAUCUCGCAGAAGAAGGUCCUCGACCUUGCAGCGGACCGCGGAGCGUUCAUCUGCCAGUCCCAGUCGCUCAACGUCCACCUGCAGUCCCCUACAACGGGGCAGCUGACGAGCAUGCACUUCUACGGCUGGAAGAAGGGUCUCAAGACUGGCAUGUACUACCUCCGCACGCGCCCCGCUGCGCAGGCGAUCAAGUUCACCGUCGACAGCUCGUUCCUCAAGAACGCCGCGAAGAAGCCGAAGGUCAACGGCGUCAACGGUGUCCUUCCUGCGACUGCUGCACUGGUCACUCCUUCGACACCCAAGCGCGCUGUCGACGACGUUCAGAUCAAGGAGGAGCCAAUCACGCCUUCGCUGAGCACUCCCAUCACGAACGGCAUCGCCGCCUCAGAGCCCCUCUCCCCUUCACCUGCCGCGACUGUCAACGGUGAUGCUCUGGCGAAUGCGACCGCCGCCCUCUCCCUGGACGAGCGCACGCAGAAGGCCGCUGAAGCCGACCCCGAGUUCGCUGCAGCCCUCCAGCGCCAGCGGGACCGCGAGCUUGAGCAGGCGAAGCUGAUGUGUUCGAUCGAGAACAAGGAGGCGUGCCUCAUGUGCUCUGGCUGAGCGCUGUGCGCCGACUUGUCUGUGGGACGUUCGAGACGGACGUGUGUCGUGGUGUAUCAGCUAUGUAUCGCUUUUUCAUGUAUCUCUCCGGCUCCGCACUAUCACUGGCAUCCAUCUCCUUGUCUACGACUCUGUACUGUACUCUAGAUCUCGCACUCUCUCCAUAUGCAUGUGCCCCUCAUAAUGAAACAUGUUAGAUCCAC